CAGUAAUCAUCUAAGUUUCUAUUUGUCAUAGUACCAUGAAGACGGACCGAGGAUCGAGGCGGCGUUUCGGCGAUAUAUUCAUCGGGCUCACGCUGACCAGCUGACAGACUCGUAUGAAUUGGUCAUCUGCCACGCCAACGUUAUUCGCUACUUCGUUUGUCGGGCGCUGCAAUUACCACCGGAAGCGUGGCUAAGAAUGUCGGUGCCGCACUGCAGCGUUACGUGGCUAGUCAUCAGGCCGAAUGGCAGAGUGACACUGCGAUGUUUAGGGGAUUCGGGUUUCAUACCACCAUCGAUGGUCACAUACUAA